AUGCAGGCAAUUACUGACAGGAUGCUGUUCAAUGUUCCAGAUUUUAUGGCAUCAACGAGCCCAAAGCCGAGUCCGCGAAAAAGUGACCACCGAUCACGAACCCUCCAUUCCACCAGGAGCUUUACCAAGUUGGGAUCUCAAGAUUUUGGUCCUUUGAACCGGGCACAAAGAGCCAGUACCAUUCAGAAUGGUAUGACUACAAAUACCAGCAAUCCCAAUCCAAAAAUACGCGGGAGCAACAUGUCUACAAGCCAGCCAGACAGCAUCCAAAAGAUGCCGGAAGACGCGGAGGGCAUUGCUCACACCUCAGAGAAGCUGCCGGCAGAUUUCGAUGAGCUCCCAAUAGAGCUCGUCAGUUUGACUGAUAGGUAGGAUUACUCGGCAUUGCAUUCUUAAUGAUGCUAAUGAUAUACCAGCUUCAUCGAUUCUCUCUCUGCCAAAGUCCAUCCGACUCCCCCAACCGUCGACAAAUUGUCAGGCCUCUUCCAAGACUUUUAUUCGGUUGCUGCAGACCAUAUCAAUACCCACAUCUCCGCUCUAUCCUCUCGGCAACAUCGAGCAAAUUCUCCUGCCCCUUCAUCUUCUUCAAUUUUCUCAAGAGCCAAGGCAGCCUCGAUUAGUUCCAAAGAUAAACCGAAACCGCUGGAAAGGAAAGAUUCCGAGCAACAGAUGCUCACGAAGGAGGAAAUUGCAGAACGAAAACGGGCUCGGAAAGUGCUGGAGCAAAAACGCAUAGCCUUGGAGGAAGCAGUGGAGAGGAGGGUAUGCGAGGGUAUAUAUGACCGGAUAUUUCGGCACAGGUCGACCCAGGAUGAAGCCCAGGACGAAAAACUGCGGUCAAAGACGGCUGCUCUUUCAGUGGUAGGAAUCGGACUUACAGAUCUUGGAAUUGACUCGGGGAAUUCUCCCGAGCAAGCGGAUUCGACUGAAGAAAAAGAGGCAGAGGUUCGCCAAUGGCUACAAGGAGCGAGAGACGAGCUGAUAGCCAUGGGUGGUCAGAGGUACCCACUGGGAAAACUUCACCAUCUAAAAGCAGCCCAUAAGAGUAUUGUUGAUACUUUGUCACAUUUUCACCCUUCAUCUUCUGCAGAUGAAAUAAUGCCGAUGUUGAUAUACACAUUAAUCACGUCUCCACCUGAGGGAAUCAGCGUUAUCAGUAAUCUCUAUUUCAUUCAAAGAUUUCGAAAUGAAACCAAAAUCGACGGAGAAGCUGCAUACUGCUUGACGAAUUUAGAGGCUGCCAUCACUUUUCUUGAAACCGUGGACUUAGCCAGUCUAAGAGCGGAUGAGGCUCCUUCUGGUCCCACAAAAACCAACAGUCGACCAACAACCCCAAAGCUGGAGAAGCCUAACAUUGUAACUGGGUCCAUUCCAUCCCCGAUUAUUAUAAAACCAAGCAGUCCUCUCGUUGAAAGCCCAGAUACCAUUGAGGCCCCGGUAUCUGCAUUCAGUCGACCGCAGGCAAAUACGCAGGCAAAUAACAGCAACCGUAGAAUCAGCGACAUGUUCCGUCCUCCAUCCCAGGUUCUAGAGGAGGCAGGUGAGGCGGUAGACCAGGGAUUCAAAAAUAUCGGAACUUCUCUCGGAGACAGUUAUAAGUUCUUGGUUGGCAAGCUCAAAGAGCGCCAGGAUGAAAUAACCGGGAACUCAUCAGCUAUCGUUGUACCAAAAACUUUAGACGAAGCUCGAAAGCUUGUCGGCACCCCACCACUUGAGGAUGAAGUAUCUAUAAGUGCUGGUAGCUCACUUCACAGCCCAGAACAUCAGCGUGAACGCAGUGAUUCGGCAUCGAAAGAUGACAAGGUCCUGAAUCUGAUCGGGGGACGUAAGAACACUCGAGAUCGGAGUACCGACAGCGCAAGAAGUGCCAGCAGUAGCACUAGAAAGGUCAUUUUUGCUGAGGAGGGGCCUGAGAAACCUGCCACUCCUUCACCAUUGCAAACUGCCACUGCACCAUCAUCCAUCACCAACCCUCCAAUUGUGGAAUCCAUGCGGAACUUGGGUAACUCCCUCAAUCCUAUAAAUCGGAUCGCGGGAAUGGGGAUGAUGAGGGGCUUUGGCCGUUCGGCACCUGCUCCAGCUGCUCCAGUACCUGCAACGAGUAAAUCUGUUCCGGAUGGUGGGGUUGCUGAUCUCACUACUGUGAGUGCCCCCCCAUUCUCCUCUCUUGACCUUAGACUAAUAUAAACAGGCACAUCCCGACCUAGCAGCAGUCCUUCCACCCAAAGAGAUACCCAAGGUCGCACCUCCCAUCAAGAAAUUUAUGGAGUUGCAGAACCCGGGAGAGUUGAAGUUAAAUGAGGUCCUGGAGUUACUGAGAGAUUAUAGACGGCUUGCGGGAGCGUUGAAGGAUAUUGGGGCUGUUCAACCGUGAGAAUCUGAUUUUUGUACAGACAUCUCUAUCACAGGGACGGACCAGGUGGAGAUUAAGAAAAGAGAAAGAAAAUUUGUGAGGUUUUUGCAUUUUGAGGCGUUCUUUUUUUUUUCCCUGCUUGUGUCUUUGUCUCUUUCUUUCCCUCUCUCUUUUUUGUCUUGGGGGAUGCAUAUGGCGUAUCGGGAAUGGGAUGGGAUUAGGAUGGUGUUACCAACGGUGGUCAUUUGUGAAUUCUUUUGUAGUUGGUGUGUUUAUACAGUUACGUAUGCGUAGAUUUGGAUGUUUGGAUGGGGAAAAAAUAGAUGGAAAGGAAGGCGUAAAUAGAUUGUUUGUUGUUGAAAGACUCGGG